AUGGGGCCCCCAAACUGCUCGGUGCACAGCCUGCCCGUGGAGGUGGCGGUGGCCUCAGUGCUGCUGCUGGAGUUUGGGCUGGGGCUGCUGGGCAACGCCGUGGCCCUGUGGACCUUCCUGUGCCGCCUGAAGGUGUGGAAGCCGUAUGCCGUCUACCUGUUCAACCUGGUGCUGGCCGACCUGCUGCUGACCGCCUGCCUGCCCUUCCACAUCGCCCUCUACCUGCGACACCGGUCCUGGGGCCUGGGACCCACGGCCUGCCGGGUGCUGCUCUUCCUGCUGGCCCUCAGCCGCGGGGUGGGUGUCGCCUUCCUGGCCGCGGUGGCCUUGGACCGAUACCUGCGAGUGGUCCGCCCCGGGCUCAGGGUCAACCUCCUCUCGCCGCGGGGGGCCCGGGCCGUGUCUGGAGGCGUCUGGCUCCUGAUGGUGGUGCUCGCUCACCAGAGUGUGCUGAUGGCCCCAGCCGCCGGGGACGCCACCGAGUGCCACAGCCCCAGCCCCGUGCUGCCCCUGUCCUUCAGUGUCCUGUGGCAGGAGGUCUUGGCCUUCCUGCAGUUCACCCUCCCCUUCGGACUCAUCCUCUUCUGCAAUGCCGGCCUCGUCAGGGCCCUCCAGAAGAGGCUCCGGGACCCCGAGAAGCAGCCCAAGCUGCGGAGGGCCAGGGUGCUGGUGACCACCGUGGUGGUCCUGUUCGCACUCUGCUUCCUGCCCAGCUGCAUGGCCCGCGUCGUGAUGAAUGUGACCCGGGGCACCCAGAGCUGCAGGGUGCUGAGAGGGGUCCAGUACAGCCUGGACGUCACCAACAGCCUCACCUACCUCAACAGCGUCCUCAACCCCCUGGUCUACUGCUUCUCCAACCCCACCUUCCGCUACUCCUACCGGAAGGCCUUCAACACGCUCCGGGGUCUGCGGCAGCGGCAGGUAACUGAGCCCCGGGGCUCCGACCUGCAGGCCUCCUACUCCUGA